ACACCCAACCCGGUCCCUGUCCUUUUCCUCGAUGGACAUCACGGCCCUUGUCCAAAAAAAAGAGACAUAUCGAUCCCUGUCCCAUACUUUUGUGAGACUUCCCGGUCCUUCCGUCAUCUCCCCUGACCAAAACAGACGAAACUGGCCUACGUGUCAGUUAACGUUGCUGAGUUGGAGGUUAAUAGUCUGUUAAGUUCCACGUGGCCAUUGAGAAAUGGACAGGGGUCGAUUUGUCCCCCUUUGGUGACCUAAAACUACGUCGUUUUAGUGGUCAUUAACGUUGCGUUUUGAUUGAAUAAGGGAACGUGAUGUUGGGGUUUCCAUAUAAGCCCAUUGUGUUGCUCUGAUAAUUACCAGAAAACCCUAGUAGAGCAAGAGUCAUCCCCUUGUAGUGAUCAUUGACCUGUUGAAGUUGGAGCGACGUGCUGACAGUGUUGCUGACAAAGUUGCUGACUGACCUCCACAUAUUGGUGUUGACGGCGCUGGGUUGAAGCUUGGACGGAGAUUGCACGGCGUUUGCGACGUGCCAGAUGUCUGAAUAUUUUGCUGUUCCCGUGUUUCAUCACGGGGGGAAGUUUGUGAGAGACAGUGGGGGAUAUAUGAGUUAUGUGGAUGGUAAAGUGAAGAGGUUCCCACCAAUGGAUUUGGAUUAUGUGAAUUUUUUUGAUUUGGUUGUUUUAUUUAAAGAGUUGGGUUAUGUUGAGUAUAAGGAGAUGUAUUGGUAUGACAUAUUGGCCUCUGAUAUGGAAGCUGGGCUUCAUUCCAUUAAGGGUGAUCAUGAGAUUAAUGAGAUGAGGGAGAACAAACUCAAGAACAGGAACUGUGAGGAGUUUUACAUUUAUUUUGACCAUCCUGUAGAUAUGCCAGAGGUGGUAGGUGAUGGCUUGGCAGGUGAAAAUGUUGGUUUGAGUGAUUCUUCAUCAAGUUCUGAUGACGGAUAUGAAAGUGCCGAGGAUGAGGCAUGGAAACCACCUCCAGCUGGUUAUGAGGAGGACUCUGACACUAGUUCUGAUGAGAGAGUGCUUAAGAAGAAGACAGAUAAGAAGUCUACUCCAAAAAAAGUAGUAACACAAAACAAGAAGAAAGGUAAUGACAAAGACAUAUCCCCUAGUAGUGCUAAGAGGGUGGCCUCAAGGAAGUAUUCUGGUGUGAGGAGAAAGCAUAUCUUGAAGGAUGGAAAGUCUAAUGGUGGGAGCAAGGAUAAAAGUGGGCCUCAUGCAGCUGAUGCAGGCCCAAGUAAGGAUCAAAGUAGUGACCCUGUAGAUGGUGGGCUACAUUAUGGAUCCAACAUUGACCCAAAUAAUUUAGAAAAUGAUAGUGACUAUGAAAGGCCCUAUGAAUACGAAAGUGAAGCCUUCAACAGUCCAAUUUCUAGUGAUGAUGAGGGGAGGACAGCAUUUGACUCAUAUAAUGAAGACACUGAGUAUGGUGAAGUGGAGUUUAAGGUUGGACAGAUGUUUCCUACAAUGGAUGUAUUCAAACAAGCUCUGAAAGACUAUUUUGUUUAUGAAGGUAAGGAUGUUAUAUACAUUAAGAAUGAGAAGCAAAGAGUAAGGGCUGCAUGUGCUGGAGAAUCUUGUCCGUGGUUGAUAUUGACUUCUUGGAAUAGUGCCAAUAGGUGCUAUCAAGUGAAAACUCUAUUUAAUGAGCAUAACUGUGGAAGGGACUUUGGAAGCAACUUAGCUGACAGGGCCUGGGUUACAUCCAAAUUGGUUAAGAGGCUUCUAACACAGUCUGAUAUGAAGCCGAAACAGGCUAUGGAACACAUGGUUGAGGAAUACAAUGUCCAUGUUAGUACAAAGAUGAUUAGCAGGGCAUUGAAAGCUGCACGGGAGGUUGUAUUAGGCAAUGAGAGAGCUCAGUAUGGGAAAAUUCGGGAUUACCUGAUGGAGUUACAUAGAAGUAACCCUGGUUCAACAGCACUGAUGGAGGUUAUUCCUCAGCCUGAAUCUCUCCCUCUAUUUGAUCGGUUGUACAUAUGCAUGGAAGCCUGUAAGAAGGGGUUCAAAGAGGGGUGUAGGCCUUUAAUUGGAUUAGACGGAUGCUUUUUAAAAGGGUAUUAUGGUGGACAACUGUUAAGUGCAGUGGGUCAAGAUGCCAACAACCACUUUUAUGUGGUGGCUUUUGCAGUGGUACCGAAUGAGUGCAAGGACACUUGGAAGUGGUUCCUGACUCUGUUGGCUGAAGACUUGGGAGCUGUUGGGCAACAUGGGUGGAACUUUAUCUCAGAUCAACAAAAGGGGCUGGAGUUGGCAAUGAAGGAGGUCAUGCCUAACGCACAUCAUAGGAAUUGUGUACUUCACAUUUGGAAGAACUUCAUCAAACACUUCAAGGAUCAGCAGACAAAGCAGCUUGUAUGGGAAUGUCUUGUCCUAGUUGAAUAG